CAGCGGCGGCGCGAGGAGCAGGAGGGGGAAGAACCGGAGGAGGGCUGCUGAGGGGAGGCUGGCCGAGCGCGCGGUGGCGGCGGUGGCGGCGCCGGCGACCGGAGCCGGGGCGGAGUGGGGAGCGAGGGAGGGGGGCGGAGGGAAGGGGGCGGAGAGGAGAGAGAGCCGCAUUUCCAAUUCCCAACUACGAGCCCCGAGUUUGUAGAUGGGGCUGCUCGGCGGCGCCUGCGGCUGAGCGAGAGCAGCAGCGGCGGGCGCAGGGGAGCGGCGGCGGCGCGGAGGCGGCCGAGGUGCGAGCCGCAGCAAUGCAGCAAGUGUUGGAUAACCUUACGGAGCUGCCCUCAUCUACAGGAGCAGAAGAAAUAGACCUAAUUUUUCUCAAGGGGAUUAUGGAGAAUCCUAUUGUAAAAUCACUUGCUAAGGCUCAUGAGAGGCUAGAAGACUCAAAACUAGAAGCUGUCAGUGAUAAUAACUUAGAAUUAGUCAAUGAAAUUCUUGAAGAUAUCACUCCCUUAAUGAAUGCAGAUGAAAAUGUGGCAGAGCUGGUUGGAAUCCUCAAAGAGCCUCACUUCCAGUCACUCUUGGAGGCCCAUGAUAUUGUGGCAUCAAAAUGUUAUGAUUCACCUCCGUCAAGCCCAGAAAUGAAUAAUUCUUCUAUCAAUAAUCAAUUAUUACCAGUAGAUGCCAUUCGUAUUCUUGGUAUUCACAAAAGAGCUGGGGAGCCAUUGGGUGUAACGUUUCGGGUUGAAAAUAAUGAUCUGGUAAUCGCCCGAAUCCUUCACGGAGGAAUGAUAGAUCGACAAGGUCUACUUCAUGUGGGAGAUAUCAUUAAAGAAGUCAAUGGUCAUGAAGUUGGAAACAAUCCAAAGGAAUUACAAGAAUUACUGAAAAAUAUUAGUGGAAGUGUCACCCUAAAAAUUUUACCAAGUUAUAGAGAUACCAUAACCCCUCAACAGAGUUGCAUCAAUAUGGAGAGGCAUCCAGCACACGUCCGUCAGGUAUUUGUGAAAUGUCAUUUUGAUUAUAAUCCAUACAAUGAUAAUCUGAUACCCUGCAAAGAAGCAGGACUGAAGUUUUCAAAAGGAGAAAUUCUUCAAAUUGUAAACAGAGAAGAUCCAAACUGGUGGCAGGCUAGCCAUGUAAAAGAGGGAGGAAGCGCUGGUCUCAUUCCAAGCCAGUUCCUGGAAGAGAAGAGAAAGGCAUUUGUGAGAAGAGACUGGGACAAUUCAGGACCUUUUUGUGGAACCAUAAGUAGCAAAAAAAAGAAAAAGAUGAUGUAUCUCACAACCAGAAAUGCAGAAUUUGAUCGUCAUGAAAUCCAGAUAUAUGAGGAAGUAGCCAAAAUGCCUCCUUUCCAGAGAAAGACAUUAGUAUUGAUAGGAGCCCAAGGUGUGGGACGAAGAAGCUUGAAAAACAGGUUCAUAGUGUUGAAUCCCACUAGAUUUGGAACCACAGUGCCAUUUACUUCACGAAAACCAAGGGAAGAUGAAAAAGAUGGUCAGGCAUAUAAAUUUGUGUCACGGUCUGAGAUGGAAGCAGAUAUCAAAGCUGGAAAAUAUCUGGAACAUGGGGAAUAUGAAGGAAAUCUCUAUGGAACCAAAAUUGAUUCUAUUCUUGAAGUUGUCCAAACUGGACGAACUUGUAUUUUGGAUGUCAACCCACAAGCCCUGAAAGUGCUGAGGACAUCCGAGUUCAUGCCCUAUGUUGUAUUUAUUGCUGCUCCAGAACUAGAGACAUUACGUGCCAUGCACAAGGCAGUGGUGGAUGCUGGUAUCACUACUAAGCUUUUGACGGACUCUGACUUAAAGAAAACAGUGGACGAAAGUGCACGGAUUCAAAGAGCAUACAACCACUAUUUUGAUUUGAUCAUCGUAAACGACAAUCUAGACAAAGCCUUUGAGAAACUACAAACUGCCAUAGAGAAGCUGAGAAUGGAGCCACAGUGGGUCCCAAUCAGCUGGGUUUACUGAUGAUUCAAUAAUGGAAAUAAAACUUUUUAAAAACGACUGCAACAAAUAAGCCUUCUACCGAGAAAAUACAUGCACAGAUAGAAGAUAUCUGCCAAGUUCAGGCAUUUUUAUUGUGUAGAUUGUAAUACCAGUACACUAUUUGAAUUUUUAUAUAAAAUGUGGUUGGGAAGGUGUACUAAUAUAUAAUUUAUCUUAAUUUUUCUAACUUUUUAUGGGUAAUCUUUCUAUUCAUACCACAUAAAGAAAUGCGUUGAAGCAUUUUAUAUGUUUUAAUUUAGUACCCUUGCCUUUUCAUCAAAGGAAUUUUCAAAUCCUUCAUUCUCGCAUUGGUCUCCCAUUUUCACUGUGAUAAUGAAUACUUGAAAUAGUUUUGUAAAGCUGUCCUUUAUUUAGUUCAGUAUUUAACUAGUGAAAGGUCAGUUACUCUUUAUUAGGAGAAAAUAGUAAUUAUUGGCCUUCUUUCCUAAUAAAAGUUAAAGCAGAACUAUAAUGUCCAUACCUUCCAAGUCUGACAUUAGAAGUCUGCUCAACAAUACAUGGUUUCAUUAUUUCAAAGAUAUAUGGCUAUCCAUUCUAAUUUAAGCAGGUAUAUUGUUUUUUUUUCCCCCUUCAUUUCCAUCUUGAGGGAAAAAGUGAAGAGCAAUACUUUGCACUCUCAUUUGUUGCCAUUACAGGCUGAUGCUAAGUGAAUGUGUACACAGCAAGCAAGGCCUUGUAGGCUAAGAGAGUGCCUUAUCCUGUAACACAUAACGCAGCAAAAUGAUGCAUAAAGUUGAUUUAUUUUCACAUGUAGAAAAUACCGACAUUGACUGACGAAAAUGAACCUACUGUAGCUUCAACAGUGUUUUAUUAGGAUAUGGUCAGCAAAUGUAUCAUGCCUUUGCAAAUUUCUGUGAUACUUCAAGUUUGCAAGUGGGGGAUUUUGUGAAGAAUCAGUGUGCUUUUUGAAGUGUGAUGUGAUUGUUAGAAUAUUUGUUAAAUCUGUCGUGUUGAGAACCAGAUCCAUUGAACAACUUAUGAGAUCUGGAAAUAACUGUCAGCUGUCUUAUCUAUAUAUAACAUAUACAUUAUAUAAUAUGUACAUUGUAUGUAUUAUAUAAUAUAAAAUAAGGUUUUAUACAGUUUUUUACAUUUCUGUUAGGAAAUGCACUUUUUUGUUUAGUAAUUAAGAAAACAGUUCUCUUUUAGAUGCAUUAACAUUCAGAUUUUUAAAAUUCAUCUCAGUUAAUAGGAUUCUUUAGGAUUCUUGGAUGGUAUAAAUUCUUCCUCAAACAUAUUGAGAUGUAGCUCAUCAUUAAACUAAGUUAGCUGUGUUUUAUAUUGCUGCCAGCUUUUCACAAGGACAGUAUUCACACCUACAGGGUUAGGUGCUUGUGGUCAUCUUUGUCCAUGGUAGGCAUCUGGCUCCUGGCUAUUGAAUUUGUUUUCUCCUCAACAAAGCCGUGACAGAACACCAGCCAGGAGGGCUUAGAAGGGGGAGAAAGUACAUGGCAAUAAGCAGUUAUGCACACAUUGCUUUAAAUCAUCUUCACAAUGAAACAGAACAGCCAAGUUGCUGUAUUGUUAAGAUUGGAAAUGUAUAGGUAUUUUUUUUAUUCUAGUGUUACAUAUCCAGAACACAGAUCAUGUUCUUAGUCCUGGGAUAGGGAAUUAGUGGUAAAAUGGAUCACACCCUUUUAAUAACUUUGGUAACUUUUAAACCACAUAUAUUUACUUCAAAUUCUCAGCUUCUCAAAGCAACCUGAAUCAAAGCACAGUGUUGAGGUAAUGUCUUAUGAUUUAGUGUUUCAACACUGAAAAUUUUAAGAGAAAUUUUGUUUCCAAGUUCUCAGGAAAUGUUUUGUCUUCUGUGCUGUGCCUUCAUGCUGUUGCACGGAGCCUCUUUGAGCAGCUUUGGUAUCAUUGUAGCAGCACAAGAAGUUUACCCACAAAAUAUUUCAACUAUCGUGACAUGAUGGAGAUGAUUUUUACAUCAUAUAUAUUUUUAGCUUUAUCAUAUGAUUUAAAAUGCAUAUUAUUUAGAAAAUAGUCUAUACUUAAAAGGAUUAUUUCUGUUAUGAAUGGUAUUCAUGACUAGUUAAUAUACUCUAGACCCCCAUAAUACAAAAUAAUGCUGUUUAGUUUAUUUCAGUCUAGAUGCCAGAGCUGAAGAGAAUAAAUUCAGAAAAGUUCAUUGUAUCUCAACAGAAUCAUUGAACUUGAAACUGAAGUUCCAUCUGAGUCUGCAGGACCCAGUAGAGCUCUACUGGGGCAAGGAGUCCCAGAGGCUCCAAGAUUCUUUCAAGGCAGUGAGAGAGUACAGUUGUAAUCAAUGAAGUAUGAACUUCUCUUGUGGGAAAUAUCUAAAAUAAUUAGAUUUACUGAAGAGAAAACAGUUUAAAGUGACGCUAAGCAAUUGGUAAUAGUUAAAAUAUGCAUGCACAUGCAAAUGCCUUUGGGAAGAAACCUGUGCCAAUACAUUAAUGUACCUGAGGAUUCUUUGUGGACUGAAGAGUGUCCACAUUCAGCAUCCAGGGCAUGACUAUUUAUAUACGACUAAUUAUUAUAUAUAUGUAUUUUUUAUUUUCAAAUGUACAAAUACCCGUAGAGGUGAUGUUCCUGGAUAAGUCAUGUAACCUUAUAACUAGUGGAAUAUAUGUGAUGCACUACAACUAGUUUUACUUUUAUUCCAGCCACGUCUUGAUUAUGCAGUCUUAAUUUCUGUUUGAUAUUUGGAUAUUAUCAAAUAUCUAAUACAUCAGGACUUUUACUUUUCCCAAUUCUUAACUAUACAAUUGCUGAACAUAGCUUUCUAAAAUAGAAAUCCUAUUAUAAACACAGUAUGACUACAGCAAUAGUAGCCUGAGCCCUAGAUUCUAGAAUCUAGCAAAUUUACUUAUAAUAGCUUAUGAGGACAAGUUUUCUUGAAAAGAGCAAAUUGGUUAUUAACAUAAACUUAGGAAAGAAUGCAAAUUAGCAAUAAAAUACAAUAGUGUAGCAUUAUAGAUUAUGGCCAGAUACUAACUGCUUUGGCCAUACAUCCCAAUGACAAUAAAAGAUGAUAUUUGCUUUAAAAAUUCAUUAGAUUGGUAUUUAUUGCUGGGUAGAACAAUAAGUGUCAUAAUCUGGUGAUUGGAGUUGAUUUUCAAGAUAGAUAGCCAUGGAGUUAGGUACGAUUAUUUUGAACUGAUAAAUGUUAACUGUAAAAGUUUUGAAAAUUGGUCAAAAUAGUGGUCUACUUAAUAUUGUACUUUUAUGACUUCUGAAACAACACUCCAUUUUCCAGAAAUCACAGGCUAGGGAGCCAAUAAUUUUGUAGUAAUGAAUCUUUAUACUAAAUAUGGAAAAAGAAAUCCUGAACUUUUAUGUACAUAUAUAGGUCAUUUUUUUAAAUGCCUGAGUCACCAUAUAUAUAUAUUAUAUAUACAGCCAUAUGUAUAAUA